CUCGAUAAGGUUGGUCUCUUUUUAUUAAAAGAAAGGAUAAAUGGGUUAGUGGUAUUGGCGCGAAACGCCAUUUCUAACUUGCCUCGAGUCGUGAUCAAUUGAGAUAAGAGGAUACAGAAGUAUACAUAGGCACACGUGAGGUCGGAAGAGACGAGGAUUUUGGGAUUUCGGCGCGUCGUAUUCGUUUUCACGGAAAGGGACGUUGCCAGAUUACAACGAUGCCGAUAAACCAGGCAGCACUUGACGAUGUUCGCACGGUUCUCCUAUCCUGCCUACUGGCGCGAAAAGGUCUCACACCGUUACCUGUUCUCGAGAGGGACUUCUAUGAUCUAGAGAAGAAACGUAUACCGUACCGUCAGUUCGGUUACAGUGAUCUAGCAUCGUUUAUCCAAAGUAUGCCGGAUCAUUUCAGUAUCGAAUUGUACCGUGGCAAUACCUGCGUACGUGGAAUCGCAUCGGAAAAAACUCAGCACAUAAAAUCUCUGGUGGAUCGUCAGAAGGCGGACAAUAAAAGAUACGUUUCAUCCCAUUCGCGUCAAUUUUAUCCAUCGCACAAUCGUCGUCAGCACAAGUCUCAACGAGUCAGAAUCUCACAUGAGAAGUUGUCUGAUCUAAUAUCAUAUAUCCAGAAGAGUCCAACGGGUGUGAGUCUAAAUGUUGCUAGCACCUAUGUACAAUGUUUAGUGCCAUACGUUGAAGUCAAUAAAGAAGAUUUGAGAGAACAACUACGCGAGCUAACGCAUCUGUUGAACCUGGAUGGGAACAUGAUCUAUCCGAUCCUGAGCAACGAUUUGCCAUCAACAUCGUCUCAUUCACAAUCUUUUAUGGAAAAGCCUUCGUUAUCACAAUCGUGGGACCCAUCAGAGCUACGGAACGAUUCAGCAUCGCCUCCGACCAAGCAGACCGAAUGUGCCGCCGGACAGGAGGAUGAUUUGUAUUGUAGUGAAGAAAAUGAUUUUGUACCAGCUGGCUGUAGGAUAACGCGUACCCAAAAACGUACUAAAACGAGUGAACACCUUGCAACGAAUGUUGCUUAUUAUGCGCAAAGUGAACAAACUGAUAAAUUUAGUUACAAAGUUCAGAAUGAUUCGGAAAUCAGUGAAGAUGAGUGCUUUGCUAGUACAGAUAGCAAGAAUAACAUAACACUGAAAACUCAGGACGUUUAUAACAUAAUAAGUAACAGAACAAUUUCUCGAUUGGAGAAAUUACUGCAAAAGCAUCCGGAAGGUAUCUGGUGUGCCGAAUUGCCUGACUUAUAUUAUAACGAAUAUAACGUGCCCUUGAAUUAUACUGUGCUGGGCUUCGCCAGUGUGCGCGAAUUCACUUUUUACCUGCCGAAAAUCUUUUACAUGACACAAGUUAAUAAAACUGACGAUUUCCUAUUAUUCAAUGCAGAUAAGAGACCAGUUGUUCCAAAGACGGAGUCUACUGAUAUGACACAAUCUUCGAAUAAACGAUAUGACAAGCACAAUAAAGUGCAAGAAUACAAUAAUAAUAAUGAAGAGCCAAUUCCAUCAGAUAUCUCUCCUGAUGUUGUCAAGAGAUUCGCUCCCGAUGACGCAAUGAGCUACAACGAUAAUGUAGAAAAAAUAUCGGUGGUGGAAUUAAAAAAAACUAAAACGCACUUAGAGGUAUACGUUAUAGAAGUAUUUCAUCCAAGCUUUUUCUGGAUACAUCUUCGAGAAAACCGAAAGCGUUUUUUUAAAAUGAUGGAUGAACUAUCUAAAUUCUACGAGCACAAUAAAGAUUCAUAUGCUAUACCAAAAGUAGCAUUAAAAAAGGAUUUGAAUUGCGCAUGCAUUUAUAUGAAUAAGUGGCAUCGGGGUCUCAUUAAGAGUGUAAAACCAGAUUACAGAGUAACGAUAUUUUUUUAUGACUAUGGUACUCUGAAGACAUAUGUAGCAGAAGAUAUAUACUAUUUACACAAACAAUUUUCUACUCUAUCUGCUCAAGCAAUACCUUGUGGUUUAUAUAAUGUAAAACCAACAACUAUUGGUGAACGCUGGAAGAAGAGCGUGGUCGCACAAUUCAUCGACAAAAUUGAAGAAACUCUUCUAGCUGCAACCAUAAUGUCUGUUGAUGAGAAGGAAAAUUCCAUGUUGGUUAAUUUGUAUGAUACGAGUGAAGAAGAGGAUGUAAAUAUAACCAAUUGGUUAGUGUAUGAGAAACUAGCGCUAAUUGGUAAAACGGCCGAUGCCGUCGACAUGGCGAGUCUAAUGAAGUAUGUGCUAAACAAUUUGAACCAAUUGCCGACGUAUUGCUUUGCGGAGGAGAACCCGAUGUCCGACAGUCUGAUCCGACAGUCUGAGUGCAAGGUAACACCGACCGAGAAACAUGUGGUACCUCCGGUUUCGCCUGGACCGACGCUUCCACUUCAUGACAAUCAUCCACAACAACCGGUGAGACCGCCACCAGGUUUUCUCCCUCUUAGUGACCAACGUAUUCUGUCUAACGCAUCGCCGAGAGAUUUCCACAAUGAUUAUUCUUUCACAAAUAUGUUGAAUGCAAAUACUCCGAUCUUUGGCAACACGGAGCCAACACCGACGAAAAAUCCGUUCCUGGCUGAACAACAAUUUGUUCCUGGCGACAUGUACAAACACUACAUGUCGGUCAUAGAUAAUAAUAAAAAGUUACAGCUCAAGGUGAACGAAAUCCUUCACGAUCUGCUAGAACGUUCGUCGCUCUCAUUCGAUGAUCAUGUUCAGUUGAAUAAGAUGUUACAGAUUAUUGAGGAUUCUUUAUCAAGACAAAAAAAUAAAGCUGUCGUGAAAACUUCGUCAGCGUCCAAUUUUACGAGUGGAACGACGUCAAACGUUUCUGCUAAUUUGGCUCAGAAGACCUCGUAUAAUUUAAGCAGCGACACAUUCGCGCGUCAGGAGUUGAAUUCAAAUACUUUUUCGAUGUCGAAUCCGUUCGGUAUGAAUGGCAAUGAUAGACCGCAGAAUAACGCCACAUGUUUUACUUAUGAUAAAGACGGUUUUGCUUUUAAAACCAAUUGGAGCCAAUCCGGCGACGUGAGUCCAUGUAUGCAAAUGCCUCCUUCGACAACUCCAAGUCCCACACCUUCAAUGUUCGUCAAUCAUGUACCACCGACCAAUAUCUUUUCUCCAAAAGUCAGUCAAGAAAACGUUCCUUUGGUGACGUCAGUACCUCCAGCGGCUCCAACGAGUGUUGGUGCUCCCACUAAUGUCUCAGAAAUUCUGGAUAAUGUAAAUGUCCAGUUCACUAAUAUGCUCAAAGAUACGAAUCCCUUUAAAGUUUCGAUGACUGGAAUACAUAUACCGGAGACGCAAAAUGAGCGAAGAGAUCAUAAUUACGAUGCGAAACUCGCAUCGUAUCUCUCUGCUUCAAAUUCGCAAAGCCACCCUUCAAAAACGGAAACUGCGAACAUUCACCCGAGGAACAAUUGCUUUAUGCCUGCAGGGCAUGCUAGUGAAAAUUACACUUCGAAAAUCGUCUAUGAAUCCGGUCCAGUAAUGUACAAUACGCAGAGCAAGCGAGCAGGCGUAGAUGCAAGACUAAGUGCAUGUAAUUACGAUAACGUUCAGAACGCUCAGUUUCUCGAAUUAGGACAAUAUAAUAUGAAAUCGACAUCGCAACCUGCGAAUACUUUGCACACUCAACAUAAAACAAUAAAUGACCAGAUGACGAGAGAGCAAGUUAACGGCUAUGUCACUCAACCAUCAACAUAUUAUAUGCAAAACUCUCAGUCAGUAACAAAUCACGAACCUUAUUAUCAGCAAUAUGGUAAUGCGAAUAAUUUGCCUUCGUCGACGCAAAGUUGGAAUUCAGAAUAUUUGGUCAAUUCAAAGUUCCAAAAUAGUGUUCCGUUAUCGAAUUGCAACGAGAAUACUUCAUACGCAUCAUCAGUUACUUUACCUCAAGAUUGGAGUUAUUACAACAGAAGAAAUUCCAUAGAGAAAGAAGCGACCGACUCUUAUACGAGUUCCUGGCCUAACACUGAAUCCAUUCAGCACAAGAAUGUGGCUUCUAAUAAUAAUUUCCUGUUUCAACAAAUUGACUCAGUUAAGGGGAUAACGUUUUUAUUUAACAUCGAACAGGACGGUUGGAUACUUACAGAUGAGUUUGUAGAAACCUUUACAAAUCUUAAAUUGCAUUCUCAAUUGUUGGCAACAAUAGAAACAUUGAAUAUAAAAAUUGUUUUCAAAGAAAUCCAGAGAUCCGACUAUCCGAUACAAUUUUCACAGUUAGACAGGUAUCCUCUGAAAGUUCCUCGUGAUUCUGAAAAGCGCAUAAUUUCCAUUAAUUUAAUUUCGUUACAAAAUGCUUUGACAUUAUUGCAUAAGCUGAAGAUUAUUUCGCGUGAUGAAAUAGACAAGGCUUUUAAAAGGAAUGAAUUCCUGGAAGGUUCCGUUCUACCUACUUUGUGGACUUUAAUCGUCAAUUAUCGCGAUUUGAAACGACGUAUUGAACUUUGUUCAAAUUAUAUGAAUGUUUGAGGCAAAUUUAUGCUGUUAUGAGCAAAUGAAUCGCGUGAUUUAUAAUCUGACUGACAUUUAAUGUGUUGAUGUUAAAGUAAUGUAACUGCUAGUAUUUUCUUUAAUAAGAAAUUAACGGAAGAUAAACUUAUGAAAUUUAAGUAAAUGAUAGUAGUACUAUUCAAAUAACUUAUUUACAUUACGAAUGUAAAUAUUACUUAUUUGUAGUAAAUAUCUUUGAAGUAAACGUUAUUAGUUUGAUAUAAAAUAGUUAUUUGAAUGAGUAGUUACUACUAAUAACAUAUUUAAUUAAAUUUUUUCUCUUAAUGUAUUAUAGUAAUUACAAUAUAGGACAUUGUGUAUAAGUUUUAUUUUUUUACUUUUAAAUGUAAUCAUAAAUUUACAUUACAUCUCCAAGUUACCAUGGGCGCUAUACUUAUAAGGCUUUGUGUUUACAAUGUACUAAAAAUCGAUCUCGAAUGGAGAGAGAACUAAUCAUUAAUCAGGCGGAAUUGUACAAAUAUGAUUGACCAAUUCUCUCUCUUCCCCCCUCUCUCUCUCUCUCCCCCUUCCCCUCUCUCUCUCUCUUUUCUCUGUCCAAGAUCGGACCGAUUUGUAGAAUCGUGGAUACAAAGCUUGACAUUGCUUCUAAUAAGAUAUGAAAAAAUAAAAUGUGUACCAAUGAUGAAGACUGAUUUAGAUUGUAAGAAAUAAGAGAAUUUUUUUUUGAGUUUUGCUAUACCUUUUUUUUCGUAAUUAGUCCCCUUUCUCCCUUCUCAGUAAUUGGUUCAUCAAAGCAGUUCAAUUUUACUAUAUCAGAAUUGAUAUUGUUUUCGAUUAUACCUAGAUAAUAAUAUUCUCAUUUACUCUAUUAUUUUUGUAGUUAAGUAUAUACCUACAUUUUUUUUAUUUAGAUAUAUAAGUCAUUAUUAUUAUAAUAAUAUCUGAUUAAGUAUAGCUGCAAUAACGAUUAAGAGAUUUUUGUAAUUUUUAUCUGAUGACGCGAUAUAUGUAAGAAUAACCGAUAUAUUUGAUGUUGACAAAGAAUUAUUAAAAUAUAUCUCGUUUAAAAAAUC